AUGCUUGAUGUCUGCACAAAUGCCGGAUGCCGCAAGCGAGCCUGGGCCAGACCACAGGCUCUUUGGGAGUGCAUCCCUCGGAAGGGCGACGCCUGCUGUGCACCGUCACAAGCUGGGGAGCCCACCUGGAAGGCCCCGCUCCACGGCUUCAGACUGGCUCUCUGGAUUGUCGGCCCCAGCUGUAAGAAGCGCUUCAUGCAGGAUCCCUGCUUCUCUGAGUGUUCCCUGCCCCCGGGCCUUGGGUCCAGCUGGUGGACCUGCUGUGGCCGGGAGAGUGGGUUUCAGGCACGCCACUGUACCAGACUGGCUAGAGUAGCGGUGCACACCUGCGGCAGCCUUACCUUUGCCAAUCCAACUGGGCCGGAGGCGGGGACUGAAGUCAGGGAAGAGCUGCUGUCCUGCAGGGGCCCUUUGCCGCCCUUGCCCUUCCCUAACCUGGCUAACCUGUGUGAGAAGUGCUGGAGCCGCUCUCAAGACAAGCCUGAGUGCGGGACAGUGGGCAGGGUCUCCAGAAGUGGUGUGAGUCUGCUCGAGGCAACCUCCGCACGGCUGUGGCCCACAUCUUUCCCAGGCCUGCCCCAGCCUGGGAGCGAGCCCAUCUUCGUGACCUCUGUCUCUUGCUGUGGAUCCUCUCCUGAUCGCCGCUCCUCCCGCUCACCUUCCUUGCUCCCACCUGCUUUCUGGGGGAGUGGGGACUGA